UGCUUUGACGGAUGUCAUGUAAUAAUUCCGUUGAAUUCGCUAUAAAAUAAUCUAGAAAGAAAGUUUGUGAAAUUCUGUGUGUGUGAAAAAAGUGAAAACGCUGGCAAAUAUGUUUUUGAAAUAUAAAUUACGUCAAAAGUCGUUCACUUCUUAGUUAAAAUGUAUAAGAGUUUUUGGAAAUGUUUCGAAUGCUAGCAUAAAAUGUUUUAUAAGAAAAUAUGUCGCACACACCUAAAACUAAGCACAGAAAUAACUUAUAUUUUGAGAUUACAUAAGUUCUGUUCAUUUUUGGUUGAACCUACAACGACCGGUUUUCGAGCUACAACUAAUUUAUGUUUAUUAUAUAAUAUACAUAAUAUUACAUAAAGAAAGAAAAAUUUUUUAAAAGUAAACUUACCUCAUUUGAAUAUCAACUACUGUGCUGGAUAAUGGAUUGGAGUUGGGCUGUGGAGGGUGUAACCGAAGAGACGCCACGUACAACAGGACCUGAAUGCAUCAAUUACAUGACAAAUCGUAGACGUUGGAUAGAGUCCAUUAUUUUUACAAUAAUUUUUAUAUACAUAAUAUGUUGGGCUGUGAAACGUUUAAAACCAAUUUUAUUGCCUCCACCCAAAGAGAUCGAUAAACCACACACAGUGAUACGACUACUGUUGUUAAUCUCUAUGACUUUUAUAUUUGGCGUUGAAAUGGGCUAUAAAUUGUCCAGUAAAUCUGUGAUAUUUGUAAUGAAUCCAUGUCAUAUACAAACAAUGGCGCAAAUAUAUUUAUUAGCAUCAAAGCCCAGUAAAAUAACUACAGCAAUAUUUAGAAUACAAAUGAAUAAUCUAAAUGGACCAUUUUUAGCAUUUUUAUUUCCGGAAGUUGAAUUCCGUACUUGUCCUUUCGAACAAGCAACAUAUUGGAUACAACAUGCUUUGCUAUAUAUAAUACCAAUAUAUAUAUUAAAAAGCGGGGCUUAUACAAUAGAGGAUCUGAAUGAUUACAAUUGGGUAAUUAUAGGUGUAAUGAUAAUGUUGGUUUAUCAUUUUACAGUAUUAAACGUGUUUUCAAUUUAUACUGGAAUCAAUCUAAAUCAUAUGCUGUGUGCAGCUUUAUCGGAUCCAUUCCAAGGACAAAAUUAUCGAAUUGCAGCUGUGAUACAUGAGUCAAUUUUGUGCCCAAUUCUCAAUAAAGUGACUGUAGUAUUGUUUAGACGUGAUAUAUGGGAACGUAAGCCUAGAAAUAAUGCGACUUUGGAGUUACGUGUUAUUAAGCAGGAAACGGAUGUACGUAAAGCUACUACUGUAACUGCCGAAUACACCAUGCCCACAACAAAAAUUGAUUAGUAUUUAAUCGAAUUAAAUUAUUUAGCAAUUAAUUGUAAAAAG